AUGUCCGAUUCAUAUGCUCACACGACGACCGUCCCUGGGGCAGCCAGCAUGGAGACGACGCAGACUUCAGGCCAAGCCAUCCAGGAUGCUGCUAUCCCAGUCAUCGACAUUUCUGGGGACGGCGAUCAGGAGCAGGUAGCCCGAGAGCUCGUCGAUGCCGCUGUCCGGCAUGGCUUUGUCUACAUCAGAAGUACCGGCAAGGACAUCCCUGCCCAAGCCAUAGACGACGCCUUUGCACUCGCCAGAAAGCUGUUCAAGGCACCCCUGGAGGAGAAGCAGAGCUGCAACAUCCAAAAGAACAACAGGGGCUACUCUGGCAUGCAUGUCGAGACGCUCGACCCCAAGAAUCAGAGGAUUGGUGAUCUCAAGGAGAAACCCACACCCAGGGCCUUCAACUUUGGCGAAUUCGUCAAUGGCAAAGCCCAGCAGCCUCUGCCGCCCACCAUCGCCAGCGAUGAGCCCCAGAUCGCCGAGUUCUUCGCCUACUGCCACCGGCUGAGCCUCAAGCUCAACUCCCUCCUGGGCAUCGGCCUCGGCCAAGCCCACCUCCCCUCAAGGGGCCCCUCGGGCACCAUCCUCCGCCUCCUGCGCUACCCGCCCCUCUCCGCCCUCGCCGCCGCCGCGCAAGACGCCACCACCCCCAGCAGCAGCAACAAACAGGCCGCGCCGGCGUCGGCCGCCGACGUCCGCGCCGGCGCCCACUCGGACUACGGCUCCCUGACCCUGCUCUUCCGCCUCGCGGGCCAGCCGGGCCUCGAGGUCCAGCAGAUCCUCCCCACGGACGGCGCCCGCGCCUGGGCCCCCGUCCCCGUCGUCCCCGCCGGGACGGAAUCCGACCCUUCCCCGCCCGUGCUCGUCAACAUCGGCGACCUGCUGUCCUACUGGACCGGCGGGCUCCUGCGCAGCACCCUCCACCGCGUCGUCUUCCCCAGGCCCGGCGGAGGACCGGACCAGCAGGAGAAGGCGGGGGAGGAGCCGCGGUACUCGAUCGCCUUCUUCUGCCACCCCGUCGGCACGUUCCCGCUCGAGCCCGUCCCCAGCGAGAGGGUGCGGGCCUUCGCCGCCGCGCAACAGAGCGAGAGCGGCGGCGGUGGCGCUGGAGGGGAAGAGGGAGAGAGUAACCCCUACGCCGAGAGGAAGGUCCUCACGGCAGAUGAGCACCUGCAGAUGAGGCUGCGGGCGAGCUAUCUUGACCUGUAUGAUGAUAACAAAGAUGCUGGUGGACAAAAAGCUUAA